AGCCGUUCGGGAGAGAGGGCGGAAGGCGGCGCUCUUCGGGGCCUGCGGAGGGGCCACGUGGGGCUGCUGCUGCUGCCGCUGCCGGGGAAACCCAGCUGCCCGGGGCGGCCGGGGAUGCAGCAUGGCCGCGGCGGUGCUGGCCGAGUCGGUUCCUGGCAGCCUGGAGGCAGCUGGAGGAGGAGGAGGAAGCAGCAGCAGCAGCCGGCACGAGAAGAGCUUGGGGCUGCUCACCACCAAGUUCGUGUCCCUCCUGCAGGAGGCCAAGGACGGCGUGCUCGACCUGAAAGCGGCGGCCGAUACUCUGGCAGUGAGGCAGAAAAGGCGGAUCUAUGAUAUCACCAACGUGCUGGAAGGGAUAGAUCUAAUUGAAAAAAAGUCAAAGAACAGCAUCCAGUGGAAAGGCGUGGGUGCUGGCUGCAAUACACAGGAAAUAGUAGAUCGACUGAGGCAUCUUGAAGCAGAAAUUGAAGACCUGGAACGAAAGGAAAAGGAGCUGGACCAGCAGAAAUUGUGGUUGCAGCAAAGCAUUAAAAAUGUUAAAGACGACUCCACAAAUAAAAGUUUUUCAUAUAUCACUCAUGAAGACAUUUGUGACUGUUUCAAUGGGGAUACACUUCUAGCAAUUCAAGCACCAUCUGGCACACAGUUAGAAGUACCUAUACCUCAUCUGGGCCAGAAAAAAUACCAGAUCAAUUUAAACAGCCACUCGGGGCCCAUCCACGUGUUGCUCAUCAAUAAAGAGUCCAGUUCCUCUAAGGCAGUGGUUUUUCCAGUUCCGCCACCAGAUGACCUUAUUCAUCCUCCAUCUCAAGCUGUGGUUCCACUGACUUCUCCGAAACUGAACGCUGAGCCUCAGAAUGUACAGGAGGAUAAAAACACGAGACAGGGUCAGUCCCUUCCACAGACACCAGCUGGAGAUAUACCUACAGAUAGUUCUCAAGAGAAUACAACUCCUGGAACUCUUUACGCCAACAUUCCAGAUUCUGAGCUGUACGACAGCCUUGUAAGAGAAACUACGCCGAGCUCAAAUACCUGCCAGCCCUUCCUCCCGCUGGAUGUUAACAGCAUCCUCAAGCCCAACUCAUUUGAUAUAGGAAAGACAGAUGAGCGUGAAGGCAUAAUGAACAGUGAUAUCAUCGAUGAACUGAUGUCCUCUGAUGUGUUUCCACUGCUGCAGCUCUCUCCUGCCCCUGGUAAUGACUACACCUUCAACCUGGACGAUAAUGAAGGAGUCUGCGAUCUCUUUGAUGUGCAGAUACUGAACUAUUAGAUUCCAGCCCAGCUGGAAUGCCUCAUCUACCUCUCGUCGUGUAACAGACUGUUUCAUAACACACACGUACAAUAACGAAUGUGAGAUUUUGAUAACAACGCCAAAAUGGUCAUUUUCCCUCUUACUUUGAUACUAAGAAACUUCUAAACUCCGCAAACGACAAGUGGCUUUUUAAAAAUGCAUCACAGAAGUGCAGGCAAAUGGAAAACUGGUUUCAACAUAUUUAAGAAUAAUAAUUUCAUAGUUCUUAUUCCUGCAAGUGAAAUAAUGUAGACAUGAAACACAGUGCUGCAUUUUAGUCACACCUUGCCAUUUGGACACUCUCUGUAGUCGCUUUAAAACUUUGCCCGGUUUUAUCUUGAUUCUUCACUGCCAAUUGUAAAAUGAAGAGCAUUAGCUAGAUAAUGCUGUAUCGUUCCACUGAAUCCAUUUCGUGGGGUGCCUUCUUUAUUAGCACUUUAAGUUUCUCCUCCCUCCCUUUCUUCCCUUUUAAAAAACUUUUAACAUUCCAUAUCCCUAGUUUUAGGAAUACUCAUUUAUUUACUGUUAUUUCAAAAUAUAUAUAUACAAAUUUUUGUCUUAUAAUUAAUUUUCAGCUUCUCCGUCACAGUAAUACAGUUUGUAGAUUAUACUGAAGAGUGCCAAUGUCUGUAUAUUAACAUUUUUUAAAAAAUAAAUAAACAGUAUAUAGAUA